GAUUAUCUUAAUUUUAUUUUUUCUGAAAAUUAGCUUGCUGAUUUUUCCUUUCCAUAUGCUUGGUUGGACGGCGAUUGUAAUGAGAUUUUUAUUCGAGUGCGCUUGGAUGAAAAUAAGAAGCAGAAGCAGAAGAAGAGACACGGAGAAAAGGAGCGAACAGCCGUAAUGGAGGGCAUCCAGCACCGAACCAUCAGCACCAAUGGCAUUCAAAUGCACAUAGCAGAGAAGGGCAGCGGCCCUGUGGUGCUUCUCGUCCAUGGCUUUCCCGAACUUUGGUAUUCAUGGCGCCACCAGAUUCUCGCUCUCGCAGACCAUGGCUAUCACGCCGUGGCACCGGACCUCAGAGGUUAUGGCGACACAGAGGCCCCUCAGGGCGUCGACAACUACACUUGCUUUCAUAUCGUAGGAGACCUUAUUGGUCUGAUCGAUGCCCUCGGCGAAGAUCAGGUUUUUGUGGUGGGCCAUGACUGGGGUGCUCAAAUUUCGUGGUAUCUGUGCCUGUUUAGGCCGGACAAGGUGAAGGCGUUGGUGAACUUGAGUGUUCACUAUUCUCCUCGCAGUCCAUCCUCGAAGCCCGUUGAUCGCAUGAGACAGGCAUUUGGUGAUUACUAUUACAUAUGCCGAUUCCAGGAGCCCGGAAAAGCGGAAGCGGAGUUCGCUGAUACUGAAAAAACUAUAAAAACCUUCCUGACUUACCGGAAAACGGGUCCUCCGAUUACUCAUGAUGGACAGCCAUUCGGAGGUUGGUCAGCGCCUGAGACCUUGCCUGCAUGGUUAUCAGAGGAAGAAGUGCGUUAUUAUGUAGGCAAGUUUCAGAAAAGCGGCUUCACUGGUGGCUUAAACUUCUAUCGCAAUAUCAACCGAAAUUGGGAGCUUUCGGCGCCAUGGGAAGGCUCAAAGAUUAUGGUACCAACUAAGUUCGUCGUUGGAGAUGAGGACAUCGUCUACACGACUCCUGGUGCAAAAGAAUACAUCCAUGGUGGCCGCUUCAAGUCCGACGUUCCUCUGCUGGAAGAAAUUAUCGUAAUACAAGGAGCAGGGCAUUUCAUUAGCCAGGAAAGGGCGACCGAGAUUAGCGAGCACAUCCUCGAUUUCAUCAGCAAGUUCUGAAUUUCGUUUUUAGCAUCCUGUUUGCUUUUCCCGUUUCUGCAUCGCUGUUUGCUCAUGGCCAUGAACUGUUUCAGACUGCUUUUGCGUGCGAAUUAAGUAAAGUCACAUGAGAACCGUGUACUCCCAUCAUAAAGAAAUAAACCAUGUGUAGAACUGCUCAUGUGCAGUUAACCACUGCAAUGAUGCAAUCCUUUUAUUUUUCCUCUUCUA